AUUUUUAUAAUAAAUAUAUAUAGGAAAAAGGUUAUAAGUAAAGUUUUAAUUUUAACUGGCGAGCGAUGGACAAAUAACACUAAUAGUUAAAGCGUCCUAAACAGUUAAUCUAUCGCGGAAAUAUCAGGUAGAUUUAUUAAACUGAUCUAAAUUUCUUCGUGAGCGAGCGGGGAGCCACCAGUGAAAGAAGAUGGUUUAUGGCGAGAGGUGACCGUAGAGUGCAGAGUUGACCUUGUGCCAUUCUCUAUGAUGUUCUAUGUCCAUCGACCUUAUCGGAGAUUCGGAGCGCCCUCCUUUCGGGGCCUUAAGGUGGCAGCGGUCAAGAAGGCGCACGAGAGUGAGCUGAACCAGUCGGUAUUGGUUAACUUGACCAGACCAAGUGACGCCUUUGAGGUUUUUAAAAGUUAUUCGGUCGCCCAUCGAUCUCGUCGUACAACCCUCGCGCGGCUCGCCGAGAAAUAUGGGAAUUCCUUGUACGUCAUGUACAAGGAAUUCCAAUGUCAGUGCAGCAACGGAAAUACAUUUUCUGUGAAAAAUGAAGUCUACCUAUUACGGAUCGUGAAAUACAACCCGCUGACAGACAGACGGAUGGACGGACAGACAGCGGAGGCUUAAUAAUAGGAGGGUCUCGUUGGUUAACCUUUGGGUACGGAACCCUAAAAAAGAGUAGGCUCUUUUCUUGAUGGCCUCCAUAUCAUGAGUCCACUAGCUUGGGCCGGGGUCAAAAAGCUUUAUUUCUGUCGACUCUUACAAAACUCUAACAAAUGGACUUUAAUAAAUAAUGGAGAUAAAUUAGUAUUUGUUAUACAGGGUUAUCUCUCAAAGAUUAUAUGUUAUUACAGUUUUGAAAAUACGAGUAAAGCUUCCACUUUUAUUUUAAAUUGUCCCAAAUUGAAUGUGAUUUAUGGGCAACAACGUUUAUUACGUACCGAUGGACCCUUACCAAUGUGUGUGUGCGCAGUGAAAUCAGUUAAAAUAAUGCAAUACCACGCAUUUUGAAUUUAAAAGAUAAAAAGGACAGACAUUAUUUAAAAAAGUGUUUGAGAUUUUUUUAAAUAAAUUUUUCUUUACCAUUCCAUUUGCCUAUAUUUCUUACCUUCUCUGCAAAUUUGGCCGGUUAUUGCCAAAUUACCCUGUAUAGUUCGGUAGCGAAGUGAUUAUCGUAUAAUAUUUGGGGUGCUACGGUACCGGGUUUUAGAAUACCGCGCAGUGCAAGGUUUGUUUGGUCUACAAAUAUUUUUUUUGAAUCUGAAUGUUUGUCUAUGUGAAACUUGUAUGUAUUACGCCGCCACAACACAGGAGUAAGACCUAAUGUGGGGGUCUAUUUGCUCAUUAUAGCCUAUAAAAGUCCACUGCGUAGAUAGGCGUGGUUACAUAGGAACGUCGCCCUCCUCCACAAAUCGACUCGAAGCAGGGGGAGACCUAUGUUCAGCAGUGGACUUGUGAAGGGCUGUAAUGAUGACGAUGUUGAUGAUGCCAUCAUCAUCAUCAUCAUCAACGUCAUCAGCAGCUUUGGCACCCGCAAUUUUUAUUUAACCUUAGGUUGAAUCUUUCUGAUAUCAACUCAAAAUUAUUUUUGGUAAAUAUAGUGUAAACUCUUUGUGGGGGCUAACGCUUUUAAAAACAAAACAAAGAAGAAAAAGCAUUGACAUCGAAUGGUUAUUUUCUAUAGAAAAUAACUAUAAAUGCUUGAAAAUAAAGAUGUGUAUCUAUGGUUUAUUGUUUUUAUUUGUACUUUUUUUUCUUGUGGCAACCCCGGUGACAAGUUGUAAAAUAAUUGCUCCCAACUAUUUUUAAAAAUUAAAUAUUGUAAAUUGAUAAUAUCCACCUCAAUUUUGAGUUACAGUUGUUAAAUACGACUUAUUUGUAUUUGUGAAAUAAGUAAAACUCAGAAGUACCUAUUUUAAUUACAUUGUGUUUAGUGUUCCAAGUUCCAACCAAAAGUAACAGCUGUAACGAACAUCGUUUAAACUUAUUGUAAGUGUAAUUCUUGUUAUCCCUUUAAUAUUUUAAGAUUUACCUAUUAAGUAAGUAUUGUUCUGGAGUUCAUUUUGAAUUAUUUACAUGGUAAUUUAAUUUGAGAUCUGUAAAUAAACCCAUACAUCUAGUCAUUUGCUUACUCUGCUACUUUGGUUUUCUUUCUUUGUUUUCUUUUGCUAUUUAAACUUAAUAGUAAAAUGAAUACAUGCAACGCCAAAACGCGCCAAUUGGAGAACCAACUUCAAAUGGCGCUUCAAGAACUUAAGGCGUCAAAGGAGCAGUGUGAGCUGUUAUGUAAAGAAAGGGAUGACAAUGAAAAGGAAAUAAUAAAUAUUGUUCGCGACGGUUUAAAGACUUUAAGCAAAAAGUGAUUAAAGAAUAUUAAAGUGUUUUAAAAAAGUGAAAUUAGCGACAAAAUCGAACAAAUUGUGUUUUAAUAUAGUUUUACAGUAUGUUUACAACUCGUAAUAUAUUUGUAUAAAGUAUCGUUUUAAUAAUAAGUUGAUAUAAACGACUUUAAACAUUAAAUAAAAUUUCGACCAAUCACAGCGCAGCAUAUCGUGGAACUUUCUAGAAGUUAAUUAACUGCGCAAUAGUUUAUAUGAAAAUAAUGAGAAUAUUUUUAUGUUCUGAAAGAAUUGUAAAUACGAUAUUUAGUUAGCAUAUGGUAUAUAGAUUGAAAUAAGUAAAUAGAUAAUUUAUGUAAAUAAACGCAUUUGAGAAAUAUAGUAAAAUUAAAGAUUUAAUGUGCACUUUUGUUAUGUAAAUUAGGUACAUUUUGAUUAAUAACUUUUUUGAAUGUAAAUAUAUCAAGUAACCCUUAUCACAUAAUGAUAAAGGACCAAAAUGCCUAUUUUAUAGUGUAUAGCGUGUUAAUGUAAAAAUUAGCAUUAUAUAGAAAAAUUGCGAUUUGUGCAAAUUACGUAAUGAAAAUGUUUGAUAAUAAAAAGGCAAAACCGGAAAUUGGCAAGCGGCUCUCUAUAGAGUAUAGCCGAAGUCUACCUUAUGGGGGCAAAUCACAGUAACAUUGUAGUAGGAAGAACUACCAGUAACAAGCAGUAGUAUCCGGUAGUAGCUGAAGUGACUAGUAGCAGAACACAGUGAAAAGUU